UCCAGAAUCCAGACAGAAACAGAAACAAAAAGAAAAAGAAAAAAAAAAAGGAUGAGCAAGAGGAGCAAAGAAGAAGAAAAACAAGUGCUGAAUCAGUUAUUGGUUCAACACUUCAACACCAUCCACGAGACCUUUCAGGUUUUGGAUCAAUCACCACCACCACCGGCAUCAUCUUCGGUUACAAAAGUAAGCUGGAAUGAUGACGUUGUCAAAAUCGGGGAACAGCUCUAUAAGCAGGCCACCACAGUCGGAAUGCUUUGGACUGGAGAUGGGCCGAAUGCCAAAGCACUUGAGGAGAGCAUGGCGACUUAUUCCAAUUUGCUACAAGGAUUCCUUUUGCUUUCUCAUGGAAGUAUGAUUGGUGCAGGGCCUACCCUUUAUUCCUGUAUCCAUGCGUCUAUAAAGCAAGUUAUCGAUUGCAGCUUUAUGUUGCUGAGAGAGUCGAUUGCUUCCUAUGGAAACAAUAGUAAAGCACAUAAACUCUCGAUUCCUCAGAUUGUUGGCACUGUUUGGGAGGCAUGUUCAGCUCUUAAAAAGACCCCCGAGACAAACGUUACAGCCAUUGGCCGAGCUAUGACUCAAAUUGCAGUUUCCAUAAAAGACGUACUUCGUGAGAUGAAGGAGCUUAAGCCUGCUUCCGAGGAGGUUUUAGCCCCUGAUAAUGAGGUUUCAGAGCCCGAAGAUAGUGAUAACUCAUCAGAGGGAGAUUUAGGCAGUGACUUGUCACCUGAAGAGAUGAAAAUUACUGGAUUAGCCAUUGAAGUUGUGUCUGAAACCCUUUCAACAAUCAAAGAAGUUAUUCGAUCAAUUACCAGUCUACUCAAGAACCCUGAAACAGAUAACGAGAGUAAACAAACAGUGGAUUCACUGGAGAAACUGUUGACGAUAUGCAAAAGCAUGGGAUUGCAGGUUGAUGAGAUUGGAGCCUGUCUUUAUCCCCCUCAAGAAGUUUCCGCCAUUAGAACUGCUUCUGAGAAGAUGGUGAGUUUCGUUGGUGAAAUGCAGGUAGAAUUGGAAAAAGUUAACGGUUCCUUGGAUGCUUUUGUUCAUGCAAGUAACGCUUUAGUGAGCUCUCUAAAACAGUUGGAGUUAGGGUUAGGCUGCUCAUCUGAUGAUGAACUUGCCAGUGAAAUGGAGAAUCUUGAUGUGGGUAGUUAGCAGUCGUUUUUGUUGGAACAUUAGUCGAGUCUUUUGAAUACAUAAUAUUGAGUCUAAUACUCGUUGGUAACAUGUGUGAACCAGAAGGUAAGUUUUGCAGGGACAAUAUGAUGUUAAUUCUGAAAUUUUUUCUUAUAUAUGUCUGGCGGUCUUGAAAUUGUGAUA